AUCCAAAGUUCUUGGUCAAGCGAGUCGUCCUCAAUCACGAGGUCAUCAAUCUCUUGGGAUACUAGUCUGAGCGCGGGCUCAGAGCCCAUGCUUCGAGAUGGCGUCGUCAUUGGCAGAAUGGAAAUACUCCCUCUGCCAGACGGAACACGGGGGCUAUUAUAGGUUGUCUCAUCCCUGUACCGGAAUGAGAAGUCUCACCGAGACCAUCGGAUGCAAACUAAGUAGGAAGGACUGUGUCAGCGCUGUGUCACUCCAAAUCUGGUUUCGGCAUCAGAUGUCUAAGAUUGGUUCAGUCGAAAACACGUUCGCAAACCUUGUGGGCUGGAUAAAUGCUACAUCGAGCGCUAAGAAAUUUCCCAAUUUCUCAUUCCGCUGAUAACUAUGAACUCCUCGGGGCGACGCAGCGGACAUCUCGACAUAUUGGACAGCACGCAGGUUGAGCAUGAAAGUCCUCUUGAGUCUCUUGCUCGAUAUGUUAUAGAAGAUCGGGCGCCUCCAGGAAUGGAGUACUAUGGCGAUCGAGAGUCAUCUUUGCCCAUGAGCUCGAUCUCAUAUGCUCCCCGUCGACUGCGCAGUGGCUCUAUGGAUACCUUGGCAGCCGGAAUCCCUCAACUCAGGCGGCGCUCCAACUCCCUUCCAAUGAAUAACGGACCUUCCUUGACGCACGUCCGCCUCAGUCGAGUACCGCUCCGGCCUUCUGAGGACCUUCCGCCAUCUUCUCGACGGAAAUCUUCCGCUUUCUCCAACGUUAACUUGGCUCCAGAAGAUAAUGAAAAGGUGGACGACCCAUGGCUUGUUUCCUCCGGCCGCCCCCAAACAGCCAAGGAACAGUCUUGGUUUCGCCGAGUCCUUUACCGUCUGCGACAUCUGUUGGACGAGCCUGGCAGUGACACUGUCUUGCGCCGUGCAGGAAUCGACGAAAGCAGGGGAGGGUUGGACUUCUACCAGCCACCUAUCGAGAUUCCUUAUUAUCACACUGCUCGCUAUCAUAUUUCUUCCCCUCACAAGCGACGGAUUUUUAUCACCGAACUUGCUUACGCCUUAAUGCAGUUCGGGUCCCCUGUUCACAAGAUCGAGGAGCAUUUGAUUACGGCCGCACGGUUCUUGGACGUCCCUGCACGCUUCGUCAUUUUGGACACAUCAGUGAUGUGCGUUUUUGGCGAGUCUGACGGCUCUUCGUCUCAGACGCAGUACGUCGAUCAAGCCCCGGGACUAUCGUUGAGCAAAUUACGAGACACGCACCUUGUCUUCUUCGAUGUCAUUCACGACAGAAUCAGUGCGGGGGAAGGUAUUCGUCGAUUGAGGGUUCUAAGAUCCAUGGGCCCUCCGUAUGGAAAUGCUAUGCUUCUUGUUUUCGCUUUCCUUGCCGGGUUCAGUAUUUGCCCUAUCGGAUUUGGCGGCAGUUGGGCCGAUGCCCUCAUUGCUGGUGCACUGAGCUGUGCGCUCAAGGCCUUGCAGAUUUGGUACUUUCAACGUGAGAUAUUCAUCGGCAUAUUCGAGAUGACUAUUUGUAUAUUGAACUCGCUUGCGGCGCGGUUGUUGAAUUCUAUCCGUGGACAUAUUUUCUGUUAUUCUGCGAUCUCUUCCUCCGGAGUAGUUCUAAUCUUGCCCGGUUUUGUUGUCUUCUUGGGGUCGCUCGAGUUGGCGUCGAAAAAUAUCCUCACUGGAGCGGCGAAAAUUGUUUAUGCAAUCGUCUAUUCGUUAUCUCUGGGCUUCUGUCUUACUUUGGGAUCUGACAUUGCGUUCGUAUUGGAACCAAAUUUCCGUCAAGCCAGGGGAGCCAUGGCACGCGAUCUCGAACGAGUAGUUGUCCUCUCUGGCACCUUUACUCCCAUGAAUGGCACCAACACAACUGCCAUCGAAAAAAUCUUCUCCUUCACUCAAUCUUUCUUGCCCACCGAACCCAUAGAUAAGUACCACUAUGUGCUUGAAGGUUGCUACCGCGAUCCUUCGUGGCCCGUUAUCCUCCAGCCCCCACCGUGGGAAUUUGUCUUCCUCCUCGUUCCGCUCUUCGUUUUCACCUUGACAAGCUUGAAUGGGUCACACUGGAGGAGUUUUAGUUGCUGGAUACAGGUUCUCUUCGGGUGCGCAAGCUUUGCCGCCAAGAAAGUGGGUGACAUCUAUAUCUUCGACCGAGGCGACAUUGUCAGUGCGAUGGGUGCUACUGCAGUCGGUAUUCUGGGCACAAUUUAUGGACAUUGGCGUCCCAGCGAUGCCUUGUCCUCUAUGAUACCUGGUGUCCUUGUGCUCCUUCCCUCCGGGCUCUCCGUUGUCGGUGGAUUAAGCCAGAACUAUCAUAAUCCCAGCGGCUCAAUUUCGACUUGGCUAAGCACGGGCCUUCGAAUGCUUCAAGUCACUAUUGGCAUCACUGUCGGACUUUUUGCGUCUCAGGUCGCAGUAAUUGCGUUCAUGGGUAUCGUGUUGCAUGACACUAGCAAGUCAUUAGCAUUCUAGUCUUUCGUAGGUAUGGAUUGUCAGCGUUUGUGCCGGCCGAAGAUCUAGAUGCAAAGCGCAUGGUUAGAUUGGAUUGGUUCUGACUUCAUUGACAGUGAGAAUGGACGUCCCAUUUACCUAGACAGCUCUUUUGUGCUUCAAAUGCCAUCCACCCGUAUACUUAUAUAGCGAGCCACAGACACCAGUUGCAGUUGCAGUCAGGUAGAAUUUCACCACAAAUUAUUAGAGAAAGUCGACGUCCCACAGUAGUGGCGCACGGACUUGCCAGCCGCCAAAGAUUGUCCAUCAUUCCCUAU